AUGACUGGUGGAGUUGUCAGGGAAGGCUUCAUAGAAGUGGUGGCAUUUGAGCUGAGCCUCCUUAGGGGAAGAAGUCGGGAAGGGUCAAGUAAAACAUCUGGGGAUGAAAAAUCCGGAAAACAUAUCUCAUGUCACAAGGCCUUGAAGUCAGAUGGACCAAGGAAGACCCGAGCCAAAUCUGAGACAACCACAACUAGCCAGUCUUUCUGCUCCCAGCCAGAUACAGAUGCAUGUAUUAACCAGGAGAAACUACAAACAUUGGAGAAAAUGUUUGAAAAGACUGCAGACCACACUGGAGCUUUGGACAUGGAAGGUUUUCAAAAGGUGAUGAAGGAGACAUUUUCAUCCGUCACUGAUGAAGCCCUGGAAUCCCUAUUCUGGAAGGUGGAUGCAGAUUGUGAUGGAUUGGUGACCUGGCGCAAGUAUCUAGAUUACCUGAUGCGGGAGUUCAAAGGGAAAGAAGAGAGGAGGAAAGGCCAGUAUCGACUGCGUCUCCAACCUCCAAUGAAGAUUGUUCCACUGAAUCAUGGACAUGAGAUUGUGAAGUUGCAAUACUUAGCCAGUCAGUAUCAGGGAUCAACAGGGCGCUUCCUAACUGUCACCAAAGAUGGGAUCCUUCAGUUCUGGGAUGAAUCCUUCAAGCUGCUCCGGACAGUCCAUCUGGACCAGACAAAUCGUCGUCACACUCAGCAGAUGUGGGUCAAUGACAUGGUAUGUCUGGGUAACAUCAACCUGAUAGCGAUUGCAUCCACAGACCAGGAUUUAGAAUUUUUUGACAUUUCUGGAAACAAAUGCCAAAGGACUUUUAUCUUCAUUGACCUGGACAGUUGUGCCUUAGUCAUGGAUUACUGGACAGACCAACACAAAGCCGUAUUUUGUGUUGGUGAUACAAAGGGCAAUGUCCUCAUCUUUGUCUCCGAUGAUAUUGCGGAGUCUGGAUUGUUUCACCCACAUAUCUUCCAGGUCAAAACAAAGGUUGAUCUCGGGAAACCAGAACCAGGUGGUCCUUACAUCAAAAUCUCCAUGCAGAAUCUUCUAACUAAAAAAUCUAAAAUACAUAGAAGUUACCGACUGAAGGCAAUUCACACCAACUGGUGUCAACAGAUCAAGUUCAUCCCCCAGCUGAAUUUGGUGGCCUCUUGCUCAGCCAUUGACAAUACAGCUAUGGUCCUGACACUUGUGCCAACUAGAACUGAUCAUCUGAAAACUUCCACGAUGACGUUGAGGAAGGGAAUUCUUUGUUUCGAUUACUGUCCAGACAGGAACUUCCUUGUGACAGGUGGUUAUGAUCCAAUCAUUCUCCUGUGGAAUCCCCUCUUCAUAAAGAAGCCCAUGUGGCGGAUGAAGGGCCACCAGACCUCAGUGACUCACGUUAUUGUGAAUGGAAAAAGCAGCUGCAUCAUCAGCAUCUCCAAAGACAAAAACAUCCGUCUAUGGGAUAUACACAACUUUCUGUGUUUCCAGUCCUUUUCAGGGAAGUUUUUUGCCCUAGGGAAUCAUCCUAUUACCAGCGCUUACUUCCACAAAGCCAGUGACACCUUUAUAUGUGGGACCUAUUCGAUUGGGAUUCUUAGUGGCUAUUUGGAAGCCCAGGUAGGGAACUUGAAAAUAGAGGAAGAUUCUACCACCCACCAUACAGCCGUGUGUGGGGUCCUUUAUAGCAAGACUUUCAGGCAGGUGGUGACUGGCAGCUUGCACGGCGUGGUGAGCGUGUGGGAGUUGGUGACAGGGAAGAAGGUGGUGGAGUUUGCAGCAUCAGAGUCCAAGGAAGUGGAGCUCACAGCGAUGGCCCUGGAUGAGCUGGAGCGGUGCCUCAUCACCGGCACGAGAAAUGGGACAGUCAAAAUGUGGAAUUAUAACAUCGGGGUCUGCCUGCUGCACUUUCCCAAUCCAGAUCAAAUGGAGAUCAGUGGCAUUGCUCAUGUGAAUGGGGUAUUCUACGUGGCAGGGUGGAGUAAGAGGAUCUCUUGGUACCUGUAUCGAAACAAGGAAGUAGUCCCGCUGUUUGACCACUGGCCUUACUUUCACACUGAGGAUAUCCUGUGUCUCGCCAAGUACCGUAGCCACAUCCUGGGAUCAGCUUCCUACAACGGUGACAUUUUCAUCUGGAAUGUCAGUUGGGGGAAGCCCCUUGUUCAUUUCAAUGCUUUGAGGAGCCCCCUGGCCUUGAAGCCCAAGAAGGUCUUCAUGGAGGAGAAUCGCAUGACACUUGCUGACUUAGUGAACAGGACUACCAAGGUCAAGAAGUACUGGGCAAAAAAGUCCCCCUGGCGGCCCCUGAGUGGGAAUUCUGCCAAGGCUCAGAGUGGCAGGAACUUGACCUCUGCCCCACCUGCGAUGAGACGCACGGGAGAAAAGGAACGGUCGUUUCAGCGUGCUCCUCUUUUUUUCCAGAAACCUCACAGUGCUGGCAGCUCUAAGGCAACGAGACCUCAAGCCAAGACUUGGAUCCGGAGCAGAGAUUUGCUGAAAGAAAAUGAAGAUUAUGCUAGGCACAAAGAAAAGAAAGACUCAUUGGCGGCUGUGGAGAAGAUCAUUUUCCUGCCCACCCGUAAUCGGACCCCUCGAACGGCCACCCUUCUGAGCAGUGCUGGCAAUGGCUAUAUUUAUGCUUGGUCGAUUCAUGACAAAGGGGGCUUGCUGGGAAAAUUCCAGCCAGGGGGUAAUCAAUAUCAGGAUUCAGUUGUUAGUGCCAUGGUCAGUGAUGAAAAGGACUGGAUCCUAAUAACUGGAGACUCCAAAGGGUACCUCAAGAUCUGGGACAUCAAGGAUUACUGUAGACUGGCCAGUGAACAGAAGACAUCUCUUAUUUGGGAAGAAAGACGUGUUCAGGAAAAUAUUUAUCGGGAUUUAAUUCCUGCAGAGAGUCAAGUAGAAAUACAACAGGAAUCCCUGGAGACUGAAGAGGUCAUUGGUGGCCAUGCUAUUUCCCUAGUCCCCCCAGAGCUCCUGAUCUCCUGGGAGGCUCAUGAUGAAGGUGUGACUGAUGUAGCCUUUGGGGACCAUUUCCAUGUGAUCAUCACUGCUGGUGCAGACCAUAAUGUCAAGGCCUGGAAGAUCUCUGGCGAGGCUAUUGGAACCUUUGGCUUGUGCCUUUGGAGGAGACUUGUGCCUGUGGGGAAGAUUGACUCCGUCCAAAAAUCAUCCAUCACAGAACCUACAGAAGUGCCCGAGAUAAAGGAAGUCUGUGAUGAAGAAGAUACCUACACUAAGGUCCUAAUGCAGCAGCGGAGGGAUCAGAUGGAGUUAAUGUCCCUACUGCACAGCAAGUCUCCAGAGGCCAUGAUCAGACUAAGGAAGUUGGCUGAGCAGAGUAUUCUGGGGUCCGUCAAAGCUGGCGAGGGUGUUGAGGACACUUGGAACAAAUGGAAGACAGCUGGGAUGCUGAGAAGUGACAUCAUUGGAAAGGCUUAUAAACCAAAGGAACGGCCACGUGUACCAGAGACUCCGAUUUUACCACCGAAGUUUGUGAUGGACAAAGAGAUCUCUCCCUGGGUCUAUAGAAGCCUCCCUUACAAAGACCUGCAAGAUUUGACCCGGUCCAACAUGGCCAUCUUGAAAACAACUCAGACUCCUAAGAAAAAACACGUCUGGUUAGUCACCCAGCAGAUCAUCAGGAGCCUCUCUCUGGUCAGGCAGUUGCCCAUGGAAGCUCCCAUCCAGUCACAGAGCCUCUCUUUCACCAGCUCAAUGUCAUCCAAGAAUUCUUCGGUCACCUCAAUAUCUUCUUUGAAGCUGUCUUCAGUCUCCUCCCUUUCUUCUUUAAAGCAGUCGUCCGUCUCUUCAGCAUCAGCAGUCUCAAAGAAGCCAUUGCAUUCUUCCUCAGUAUCUUCCAGGAGGAAGGUACCUUCAAAUUCUUCUUCAUCCACGGCCACCAAGUCGUCCAUCACAAUAAGUUCAGUGCCUUCGGUAAAGUCUUCAACCCCAGCCUUAAAGCCUUUGAAGUCAAUCCUUAAAGGGUGACCUGGGUGGGCUGCUAGCCCAGGCCCCUUCUCUCAGUGAAGUUGCCAGCCUGUUGAGGUGAACAUAGGAGAUGGAUGGACUCUUUGCUUACUUUGCCAGGCCAAUUAAAGUGUGGGCUUGGUUGUUCCACUCUAGCCCAAUAUUCCCUUCCAGAAUUAUUCCCCUCUCCCAU